AUGCGAGGUGCCAAACAACAUCAUAGCUGGAAAGCCGAUGAUGAACGUCGUCAACGGUCACCACCAUCAUCUCAGCAAGCGUCACCAACAAGACCACACAACACCAGUUCUGGCUAUCAUAUGCAUGAGAAAUUCGACACAGUUCGAGCCUUUGCUCGAAUGAUAAUGAGAGAAGAAGACGAACAAGACAUAAGAGAAAUGAGUCGAGAUCGAAAUCAUCCGCAUUCAACAGCAGCAUCAGCAGCUAUUCAGUAUACGAGAUCAGCUAUAAUUCGAACACAAAUGGACUCUCAUGAAGAUUAUAAUUUGGGCAUAUGUGGAUAUAUAUUACUUGCACUUUCUUAUGCACUUAUAUGUUUAACGUUUCCAUUUUCAUUAACUGUUUGUCUGAAGGUCGUUCAAGAAUAUGAACGCGCUGUUAUGUUUCGACUUGGUCGUAUUCUUGGCGGCGCCAAAGGUCCAGGUCUAUUCAUUAUUGUCCCUUGUGUAGAUGCUUAUACAAAAGUUGAUCUGAGAACAGUCACAUUUGAUGUACCUCCACAAGAGAUAUUGACGAAAGAUUCAGUAACAGUAGCUGUUGAUGCUGUUGUUUACUUUCGAGUGUUUGAUCCUGUUAUUUCUAUUACAAAUGUUGAAGAUGCUCCAAAGAGUACACAGUUACUUGCUGCUACUAGUUUACGUAAUGUUCUCGGUACGAAAUCUUUACAAGAAAUUCUUUCUGAUCGUGAAUCAAUUGCACAAACCAUGCAGGCUGCCUUAGAUGAAGGUACUGAAGGUUGGGGAGUUCGAGUCGAACGAGUUGAAGUUAAAGAUGUUCGAUUACCUGUUCAACUUCAAAGAGCAAUGGCUGCUGAAGCUGAAGCAGCAAGGGAAGCUCGCGCUAAAGUAAUUGCAGCUGAAGGUGAACAAAAAGCAGCAAGAGCAUUGAAAGAUGCUGCUGAUGUUAUAAUGCAAUCACCAACUGCUCUUCAACUUCGAUACUUACAAACAUUAACAACGAUUGCAUCAGAAAAAAAUUCAACCAUCGUAUUUCCGAUUCCGAUUGAAUUAAUGCACGCAGCUAUUACAACGUAUCGAAAGUGA